UAUGGGAUUUGGGCGUGAAGACAUCACUCGCUUACUGCUCGCUCGGAACACAGCAGAGAAAUAGCUUGUCUGCUCUCUCUUUCUAGUUCGAUCCUCUAGGUAAACAUUCAUCAACAAAAUGGAGACCAUAAAGAAGAAGAUGGCCACUCUCCGGCAAACGCUGGAAGACGCCGAAGCCAGAGCUGCAAAGGCUGAGGACGAAUUGAAGAAUGCCAACGAUCGUGCUGAUUCUGCUGAGACCGAAGUUGCUGCACUGACAAAGCAGUUGCAACAGCUUGAGGACGAUUUGGAUGCUGCGGAGUCUAAAUUAGCAGAUACCCAGGGACAACUGACCGAAGCAGAGAAGCAAGCAGAUGAAAGCGAGAGGGCAAGGAAGGUCUUGGAGAACAGAGGAGCAAGUGAUGAAGAGAGGCUUGCAUCUCUUGAGAGACAAUACAAUGAUGCAUUGGAGCGAACAGAGGAGGCUGAGAAACAGUAUGAGGAAAUCUCUGAGCGACUGCAGGAGCUUGAGAAUGAGUUAGAGGAGGCGGAACAGAAAGCAGAUGCUGCUGAAGCUCGUGUAAAGGAACUCGAAGAAGAAGUGACACUCGUUGGCAAUAACCUUAGAAGUCUGGAAAUCAGCGAAGGCAAGGCCUCUGAACGCGAAGACACCUACGAAAACCAAAUCCGCGAACUUGAAACUAAAUUACAAGACGCAGAAGAGAGAGCAGAAAAAGCUGAACAGAAGGUCCAGGAGCUUGAAGCUCAGGCUGAGGCCAUGGAGGCUGAGCUUGAGAAGGCCAAGGAGCAAUAUGAGAAGGUUAAGGAGGAGCUUGACUCCACCCUGGCUGAGCUGAGCGAGAUGUAAUGGCCCAAGUUGAGGCAACAACUAGACAAUUUUAAUCCCAUCAACUCCAAUCCAAUUCAGUCCCAAGUCUAGCAUUAAAAGAGAAGUCUAAUGUGGGCUCCUUGGUUCCCAUCAAUGGAACACAACAGCUCGUCAUAUGUCAGAAAUGUAGUUAACUUAGCUAGGCGGUAGUGUUCCCAUUUCUGGAUUCUCUAGGCAUUAUAAUGUACAGCUAUGUCGAUUAUUUUAAACAUGACAAUAAAGUUUUUUUUCCUUAUUAUAAAGCUGUUGGCUCCAGGUCCACAGUCGUCUAAUAAUAUUAGCUAAAGGUUCUUCUUGGCUGCAUUUUGUUGAAUGAGAAUUAAAGCAACAAGUUGGUAAAA